AUGAGAUUUCAUCUGAAUCUGGGUAUUUUAGGAGAAAUUAACUACCAAAGCGAUUCAUCACCUGGAACAGUGGGCACUUGCGAUCGUGUUUUUGUUGAAGAUAAAAAGAUCACAGAAAGAUCGGUUUCACCAACUGAUAGCAUAACGGAGGAGUUACCACAAGAUGAUACAGUACAAAUUGCAAAUGCCGAUACACUGAAUUUCUCGAGCGAAGCAUCUCCUCCAGUGCAGGGACCACCAGAGUCAAAUAUUAUCGAUAAUGGUGGUUUUGAAUUAUCAAAAUUGGAUGUUCUCAGUGAGGAAAUUUGGUAUUAUCACAAGGCGAUCACACAAACGGAAGGCGUUCUCAAUCGCAAGCUCCAUCUUCGCGAUGUCCUUUAUUAUGCCAUUUCGCCUGUUUUUCCCAUGUGUGGUCUGUACGUAGUAGGUUCGUCACUAAAUGGUUUUGGCACGAAUAGUUCUGAUAUGGAUUUAUGUUUAAUGAUAACAAAUAAAGAUUUAGAUCAACGAACAGAUGCAGUUGUAGUACUAAAUAUGAUUCAGAGUGCUCUAGCUGAAACGAAGUGGGUUUCACACAUGCAACUUAUUCUUGCUAAAGUGCCCAUUUUGCGUAUACGUUUUUACGAACCCUUUACUGAUAUCACCGUCGAUUUGAAUGCCAAUAAUUCGGUUGCAAUACGCAAUACGCAUUUGCUCUGUUAUUAUUCUUCAUUUGACUGGAGAGUUCGGCCAUUGGUGAGUGUUAUCAAAGAAUGGGCAAAGCGAAGAGAUAUCAACGAUGCGAAUCGUUCCUCAUUUACAUCAUAUUCGCUUGUUUUAAUGGUUAUUCACUAUUUGCAAUGUGGUUUGAAGCAGCCAAUUUUACCGUCGCUGCAGGUAGUAUAUCCAAAGCGAUUUAGUGCAAGUGCUGAUGUACGCUCACUUAAUGUUUCAAGUCAUCUGGAUCCGCCACCGGGAUGGAUAACCAACGAAACGAUAACGCUUGGGGAAUUACUUAUUGGUUUUCUUGAAUAUUAUGCGUUUAAAUUUGACUACUUGAAAGAUGCGAUAUCGGUACGCUUGGGUAGUAAAACAGAACGUACAGUGGUUGCACGACAACCCUCACCUUAUAAUAGUAAUAUUGCUCAAUGGAAUUGCAUUUGCAUUGAAGAACCGUUCACUUUGUCAAAUACAGCUCACUCCGUCCAUAACCAGAUGGUUUUUGAUGCGAUUCGUCAGGCAUUUGUUGAUGGUUGCUGUGAACUGGAUGGUAAUCGUGAUCUAAAGGCAUUCCUUGAUGUUGGACCAAUUAAUAUCAGCAUUGCAUCAUCAAUGGGCUCAAGUGCACAGCUGAGCAUCCUAGCGCACUCAGAAGAGGGAUCACUAGCCACGACGAGUUCUGGUGACAUGACGCUAACGAGCAAACAUCUGCUGACGGUUUCGCCGCAAUCAAACAAAGAAGGAUAUGACCUUAUGGAAGGAAAUGGAUCGCUACUACUUGAUCCAGAAUCUGAAAUGGAGUUGGAAACAGCUGUGACUGUUCCAAUUAACGAGCCGACUUGCGCAGAGCAAUACAUGAGCCAGAGAAAUGCAUUGGUCAAUUAUGAGAAUGAAGUAAUACAUACAGGUAGCGAUGAGGAAACUCCAAAAAGUAUCAUUAAUUUCACAGAAAAUGUAUUACCAUCGCGAGAGAAAUCCGAUACUACAUCGUCUAUGUUUGUUGAUGAACAAGUAACUUCUAAAGCCAUACUCUCUGAACGUCAACCGAAACAGCUGCAGAUGAAAUCUGAUGAUGAAAAAUUGCAUGCUGAUUCAACAGGAUCAUUUGAGGUCCUUACUAAGGAAAAAAGUGGAAUGGAACAGCAGCAGUUUGCAGGUAAAGUAAUUAUUCAACGGCGCCGUAAGGCUAGCCGUCGUAUGCACGGUUCAAUGGAGUGUACAGGUCGAAAUCAUUUGAAUAAAUCGAGUUUAGAACAACCGGUCGUACGAAUGAGCUAUCGUUCUGGUACUGCUUCAUCUUGA